GCAUGUGUUUCUAUAUGUAUUUGUGUGUACGUGCGGUGACUCUUGGUACGUGUUAAUGGGAAUGCCGUUAUCAAGACCGGAAACAAAGGCGCGCACGCACCGCCCGAUCCUUUUCAUCACUUUCCGCGUUUCCGGCGGAAAUGCAUUGUGCGAUAUGGUACGCAUCGCAUUUCCGGCAUUGUCUUGUUGCACGGCUCGCCACCUUCUCCAUGCAAGUAAUCGCACCUAAGAGAAUAACAGUGAUAAGGAUGAGAACCGUUCGAUACGUUGCUUAUCGGAAGACGACUGUCUUGACGAAAUGAUGACCAUAUGGAUCGAUUGGGUCCAAUUCCCCUGCAACUAGUCCAAAGAAAGCCGGAAGAAAUGAAAUGAUAUGGACGUAGAUUGAUCGAUCAGACAAUGGCAGCGACGGACGGUCAGAUAACUGUGGCGGCGGCCCGUUGGGCCGAUGAAGGGAACUACUUGCGCGAAUUCGUCGCGAAGCAUCGUCUUCCGGCCGUAGUAAAGAUUAUCAAAGGCCAGUACGGAGGACUAGGAGUUCCGACCCUUCCGAGUCCAGGUCUUCAAUCGACAGCCCUCCUAGUAUCCGCCGGUAACCGGCAAAAGAUCGUCGCGCAAGCGGUGAAAAUUAAGGAGGGUCGACGUCUUGUGUGUGUUGGACCUCGUCUAGCCAUCCCAGACACUUAUCCAGGUUACUUCGAGCUUCUCAGCGAGGAAGGAAGAGCGGUCAGGUGCAUCGAAAGUGUGGCCGAACUGAGCAGGCGGAGACCAGAGGAAGGGUGCUUAGUUCGGGAGACAAUUAGAGGUGUGCAGGUGAGGUGCGAGGGUGAUGCGGUCAUACCGGAAGGAGCCAGAACAAUUGCGGCCGGCGAGAUCCUAGUGCCUUCCGGUGAAUGCAGCUUGAGCGGCUCGAAAGGCCGCUAUCUGAAAUGCCUGGAUGCCAAGGGCGACGUUAUCCUGCUAGGAUUGGAGCAACGAGGGAAAUUCUCUGCACUAGCCAGAGAAGAUAACAUCAGCGGCGUCCACACUGCAAAGAAUCUCUUAAGUAAGCGGAUGCCGUUAACCGUACGAUUAGUCCACGGUACGGCCCCCAGAGGCUUGAAAAGCCCAAGUCAUUUUGUGCCAGAACUUAGAUUACUCUCCAUAUUUGAAGAGGAACACGUGUUCGCUUUGCCUCUCCAGAAAGAUGUACAAAGUCUAACAGCGUUACCAUUAGCAGCCCCCUUGAAGCUCCUUCGCACUCGGAACGACGAUCAUCUUCGAUCGCUUCCAGAAUUUUCGAGGCUCCUCGACAAGUCCUCUCGUCUCGUGCAAGACGUUGCCGAUCGCAUCCAAGUGCUCGACGGUAAAUUAGACAAGAAGUCCCCUACAGAACCGAAAAACUUUCUGCUGCGACGCAGCGCCUCCUCCGAUUCCGCGAACCAACGUCCCAAGCACCAUCAUCGCAAGGACGAAAACCGACUACCGAACUCUAAAGACUACGAGGAGAUCGAUCAGAUCUACGAUUACGUUCGCGGUUUCGCGCCUCUACCAAAAAACAUUCGAUCUCCGUUCUCAGAUCCGCAAAUCGAUCCAAAACCCGAACCGCCGCCCAUAGAAACCAUACCGACGAAGAAAAACCAGGCCGAAAAGCGAAACCGGAAGGCUGCAUCCGAGAAAACGCCACCCGGAUUGCCGAAACUGUACGUUAAAAACGGUCACUCCCAGCGGAACCGGUUAUUUCGUCAAAAAAGCGCAUCCCCCAUGAAAGAGACUCCACCGAAAUCCGGAUCGCCAAUCUUCAAUAUACGCUACAAAUCGUUGAACAAUCUUCAGCAAGCCAUGGAAUUGGAUGGAACUUUGGACUCGAGUAAUUCCGGUGGUCGCGGUUCCGGAGAUUCCGGUGCUGGAGCGAAGCAACCGGAGAAACGUUCCAGGAAACUUUCAAGGCCGAGAAGUUUAACAAACCUGGUGUGGGAGAUGCGGGAAUACCCAGACAUCUCUUUAGAUAAGAAGAAGGUGCCUCAACCCACCUAUAAAAAGCACACCAAGUACAUAGGACAGAACUUGAAGCGCGGCGCACUCUACUUGUGAGCACGAAACCGGAAGCAGCAGGCGACGUAAUAAUUAUGGAUAUUACGUAUUUUGGAUACAGCACGCUUUGUGAUUUUACUUUUAUUAUUAAAGUUAAUUUUUAAUUGUAUUCAAGAAAAUUACGAUAUGAUAAAUGUUCUAUUUUUUUCGCGUACUGGUUUUCAUUUUAUUAGCAAAUAAUAAAAUCUAGAUGCUAGAGGUUUAAGACUUGUGAUUCGUAUUAGAUAUAAGUGUUUCUUAUUGUAAUCUCCGCAUAUACAAAUAUAUACAUAAUUGUCAAUUUCGUUUGAAUAAGUAACAUGAAGUUCACAUAUACACAUUCUACAAAUGCAACCGUAAAUCGCAGAUAUGGGAU